GUAGACAUUUGUUUAACCUCAUUGCCGUUAUUUAUAACGAAUAUGCCGCGCGCUACGAGUCCGAUAGCCCUGCCUGCUAUUGGAGUCGCACUUCUUGUCUCAUUUGUUUCUGCCUCCAAUUUUUGGUGUUAUAAUUGCUCAAGUGCGCAAAGUGGAUGUGGUCCACCUCUUGACGUUAGAACUCAACAUUGGAAAUAUUGCUCUGGUGUACCUGUUUAUGAACAAAUGUGUGUUAAGAUUAUCGAGAAAGUUAAUGAUCAGAUUACUAUCACUCGUGGUUGCCUCAGUGACCUCCUAUUGACCACCCAAAUCCGACUCGACAUCCCUAGAGUGCGUCGCCACGGUUACUGCCUCUACUCUGUCUCAAAUCAGCGCUACCUACAUCAGCAUCUCCGUGGUUCCGAGCUCGCUCUCUGGGCCAUGGGAAUGUUGCGACCCGAAACUGAAAUGUACAAGCUCUACUGCUUUUGUGAUGACUGGCCUGGUUGCAAUUCCACUUCCACACCCCACCUUUCUCUUCUUUUAUUCACAAUCACUGCAGUUCUGCUAUUAGAUCCUUUUCCUUCUCUCUAG